GAACACGUGCCUACCUGGCUGCAGAACACUCACAUUUAUAACUGGCCAAAGAAUAAGAAGAACAUCCUUUUGCGGUUACUGAGGGAGGAGGAGUAUGUUGCUCCUCCAAUAGGACCUUUACCAACGCUCCAGGUUGUGCCAUUAUGA